AUGGAAGACACGUUCAUGUUUACGAGCGAACCGCCGCCGCCACCGCCGCCCACGCCGCCAGAUCAACAGAGGCCGACGUUCAAGGACAAGGUGAUGGGGAAUGGACCGACCAAAAGAAGGGAGCCAAGGCAGUUCCAAAACCUGGUGACCAAGGGAGUGCUGGCGAAGGAGAAUGUCAACGGCGAUAGGUUGUUUCCUAGCUUUGAUUUUGUUGAAGAGUCAGAGUAUGAGAGGAUUUGCCAACCAUGGCAAGGCUGCCUGGUAGUGAAACUAUUGGGCACGCAUAUUGGCUAUACUGCCAUGUGUGAGAAGCUGCGCCUGCUCUGGAAACCAGUGGGAGGCAUGGAGGUAACAGAUGUGCACCAUGGCUACUACAUGGUGAAGUUUGAUAUAGAAGCAGAUCGGGAUAGGGCUGCGACGGGUGUGCCGUGGUUGAUUUACGAUCACUACUUGUCGGUUAAGCCGUGGAAUAAGGAUUUCGUGGCUGCGAAUGAUAAAAUCAACACAACAAUGGUGUGGAUUCGUAUACCCGGUUUGGGCAUGCAAUUUUAUGACGAAGAUAUACUGCUAACCCUAGCUACUGGGGUGGGCACUCCGAUCAAGGUGGACAUACACACCGCCGACAUGCGUUUGGGUAAGUUCGCUCGUAUAUGCGUGGAGAUCGAUUUGGAUAAACCAGUUGUGGGCACCCUGAGGCUGAGAGGGACAUGGUAUAACAUCGAGUAUGAGGGCUUACACUUGCUUUGCCCAAAAUGUGGUUGCUACGGUCAUCUCUCGCGGAAGUGCAAGGUUGAGACACCGACACCGGUGGUGGUUCAAACACAGACACAAACGGCGGCACCUACAACCAGUGCACCUCCUGAACAAACCCUAGGAGAAGCAGUCAAUCCAGCAUUGAAUGCUGACCCCAUGCAAGCCGAGAUUGCUGCACCAAAAAAGGCAGUUUCUGUUACAUUGGCUGCACAUGGAAAAUGGUUAAAUGUAGAGAAACCAAAAAUGAAACAGAAUCAAAACCGCCAUACAGGGUUUGCGAAAUCUAAGGAGGCCAGGAACGCUAACAGAUUCCAAUCAUUAGCCAAUCUUCCAGAAGGGGAAGGAGAUCCCGUGGAGGGCGCGCACACACCCGUAAAGGUUGGUAAUGAUAAGAUGAAAACAGGGACAUUUAAUGCGAAGAAACGUACUCGUCGGGAUGAGGGGAAACCAUCCCUGGGGGUGGCCCACACUCCAUUAAGAAUUAUGGAACGUGCUUCGUCUCAUACUCCAGCACCUUCGGGGACGGGGAAAGCUCCAGGGAAUGUCAAGAUUAUACCACCAACAAGAAUGAUUGGGGAUAAGGUAGUGUAUGAUAUCGGUGGGGGAGCAAUGUCCACAGAGAACAUGAGGCCAAUGGGGGGUGGCAGGUACCAGUUGCUCACUGAUGCCUCAGCAAGGGAGGGAUGUGCAGUCGGUGAAGCUGUAGCAACAAACCCAAUGGACCCAGGACCGGUGAAUCAAAUGAUGAGAGUAUCUCAACAAUAG